AUGUCGCAUACAUGCCUCACAACUGCCGGGAAAAUAAUACCACACCGGUUCCUUCGCCUUCGCAAAAGGAACAUCCGAUUUCUUUGCGGGAGCCGGAGGAACCGGGAACGUGGGCUGAUGAAGCCGGCAGCAGCAGCAGCGGUAGAAGCAGAAGAGGAUCGGGAAGCUGCGGAGGAAGCACAUGUUCUGCAGUCUCUGCGACUAAAGGAUCCACUUGUGCAAGAGCUGCCGAUGAAGCGGUGGCGCACUCAAUGGUUUCCCUCGUUUGCCCGACGGUCGCUCGCCCCCUUAAUACAGGCUACUAGGCGAUGUGACGCUAUUGUUGAAGCAAGCCCAGUGGCCACUCGUCGCUGGCAGCUGCACUUCCGCCGUGAAAGCCGGGAGGCCGCUGCGUUGCAGCUUCAUCAAGAGCUCAUGAGAGCUCGCAGGCAGCUCAAAGAUCCCGGCUUAUUUCGUGCUUUGGCGGGUUCCUGUCCGCUGUCCCCGCGCUUGCAGUACCUUUUUGUGGAUGCACGGGAGGCUGCAUCAGUCAUACGAAUGCAGAAGCUUCUUCGUAGUCUGGUUAAUAGGCAUCGACGCUACCGGAGGGAGUUGGAGAACUUCCGCUCCUGUUGCAAUCAGGCGGCUGUUGCUGCUGCGACAGCUGGGCCAUCUGUGUCUGUGCAAUACAUUGCCGCUGCACAAGCCAUUGCAGAUAAGAAACGAAAACCACUGAACACAAAUCCUGGCCAGGAACAUCCUACGAGGGCCACUCUCCGGCACCGCAAACCCUUGCGGGUCCUCAUCGUUGGGGUUCCUAACGUAGGGAAGAGCAAAAUUGCGAAUUGCCUAGUGGGCAAGAAAGUUGCACGCAGCUACCGGUGGCCAGGCGUUACGCAGUCUGUUAAUAUUCAUAGGCAACCGGCUAUUUUAACCAGGGGGGAAGAUCCGUCCCGGCUGUUUGAAGUAAUCGAUACCCCAGGAUUCAUUCCCGUGCAUCCGGGCAAGUCCCCAGGGAAAAGGUCGCCAGGCUGGACACAGCAUGAACAACUGCAAAAACACUUAGGCACAGCCAAGCGGCAGCGACAACUGGACUUGGAGCUCUUCUUCGACUUUUCGCAUCCGCGCCCCUCUGCAGAUGAGCUUGCCCUUCUUGGUGCAUUCCAUAUGCUGCCGCACAGUUGUCUAUUCACGGUGGAGGAAGCAGCAGUGGCGCUAGGUGACGCCUUUUUUCGCAUUAAAGAGCAAUUGCCGGAGGCAACCGACAUUAGCAAAGUGAUGACGCGCUACCAACUGAAUCCACUACACCUGAACAAGGAGACAAGUGGCGGGGUGCAGUUGUUGCUGAAGGUAAGCCGAGCUGGAGAGGGAUUAAAAUCUGCGUAA